CGCUGCCCCCCCGCGCGCGCAGCUUUACCUGGCAGCGCCGUCACCGCGCCGGCCGUCGCCUCACCACCGCGGCUCCAAAGGCCCUCGGACGCGGCCCAGCCCAGGGGAAAGGGGACCGGGCUGACACUACCAUCUCCGUUACACCUUCGCCGCCCGAGGAGUGCUCUCGGAGGGACACGGGAGUCAUCGCACCGCCCCCCGGAGCGAACUAACAUCUGACUAUGGCAGAAGACUUAAAGAGUCUGUUGGGCGCAGGAAGCGUCCGAGAGAUGCAGCAGAAGCUGGAGAACUGGCAUCACGACUACGAGAUGAAUUCCAGUGGUGAAAAUAUGAGCCGAUGCUGUGAAAUAUUAGAACUGAACACCGCGAUUCAAAAGCAGCUCUUCUCAAUUCUCAGUGAAACAUCUCAAGAUCCUGAUAAAUGCGCAGAAAUAAUGAAAAGAUGUAUCACGCCAAGCCCAUGCUGUGCUGCUUCAGGAGCACAGGAUUCAGCUGGGGAAGAACUGCAGCUGUGUGAUUUGGCCAGCAAUCCGAAAUGUCGACUGCAAGAUUUGGAGAGCAAACUAGCCCACACUCGUCUGCAGAUCAACCGGAUGGAACGAGAGCUUGCACGGACCUGCCCUCCUUGCUCUCCUUGCCCUCCUUGCUCUCCUUGCCCUCCUUGCUCUCCUUGCCCUCCUUGCUCUCCUUGCCCUCCUUGCUCUCCUUGCCCUCCUUGCUCCCCUUGCCCUCCUUGCUCUCCUUGCCCUCCUUGCUCCCCUUGCCCUCCUUGCUCUCCUUGCCCUCCUUGCUCUCCUUGCUCUCCUUGCCCUCCUUGCCCUCCUUGCCCUCCUUGCCCUCCUUGCCCUCCUUGUCCUCCUUGCCCUCCUUGCCCCCCUUGCCCUCCUUUCCGGUGUGGGAGCAGCCGACCCGUUUGCGUGAAGAGCUGGUCACCUGCCCAGAGCAGGCGGGUCCAUGCUUCGCGUCGCGCCUGCCUCAUAGCACGCUUCAACUUCAUCUAUGCUAAAGACCGCUUGGAUGCAGAGGCCCGUUUGAGGACAUUCAUCUGUGACAUGGAGGUGGUGCAGAGGAUAAUAUACCUUGCAGUUGUGGAAUCUUUCCGUGCAGCAAGGAUGGCCUUCUGGAAGCUCAAAAUACAUCUAAAAGAGACUUUGCCUCUAUGUCACUUGGCGGGACCUGGGUCAGUUGAACUUGCUAUCCUGGAUUAUAUGGCUUGCCACAAGGAUGUGUAUGACGUUUGUUGCAGUGUCCAGGAAGUAAUUUGCACCUUGAGCAUGAACCCGAAGCUUCCGUGUCCAGUAGAGGUUGAUUUCGCUGUGCUCAGCUGUUUGAUUCGAGAGUUGUGCUGUUUGGCUUUUCAAAUGCAGACACUCCUUCCUGCUCUUGAUAUUGCUGUUGGUGUUGACGGAGAGCUUUUCAAUAAGUGCAUGUACUAUCGUAGUUGUGACUCAGAUUUCACAGCUUGCUUUGUGGCCUAUCACGUCUGGCCUGCUCUGAUGGAAAAUGGUACUGUAAUUGUGAAGGGAGAGGUAGUCACCAAAAGAACUGUUCCGUGUUGUCGCAGAAGCAGAGUUAGAAGCAAAAGCUGCUGCUGUGGUCGUCGUCUCCUGCCUGGUCAAGUAACUCGAAGCCGCAGUCUUUCAACAGUGAGGGUCAAAAGGCGCUAACCGAACAUCUUCCUGUGGUGCAGUGUAUCUGGAUUCAACAACUUUGCUGAUGCCUUUUCUUCUCAGAAAUACAUCAAAUCUCUCAAUAAUGUGAAUGGCAACUGUCACUUAAAAUGGAGUUUGUGUUCAGUGUGUUUUUUAAAAUUAUAGAACACUUAUUUAUAAUUUUAGAAGCUAAACUCUUCUGAUUGAAAAAAAAAAAAAAGUGCAUGCAGAGCAGGAUCAUUUGGCAAAAUUUCCA